AUGACCACGCAAACUCUUUAUAUCUCCAUCUCCAUGUUAAUGAAUACAGUCCAAUCCCACAUAGUUUUUGUUCUCUGGAACUUGAAAUGGGCAUGGAGUUUCCUUCUACACCUUUGCUUUUUUCAAAAUCAACCACAUGAGAUCUCACAAAGACACCAAUCGAGCCAAAUGAGGUUUGACCGAGGGUCAAUGGAACAAGUGGAAUGUGUUAUUUGCUUAAAUAUAGUAAGGGAAGACGACGAAAUCAAAGAGCUGAGAUGUGGUCAUGUAUUCCACAACGUUUGUUUGGAGAGGUGGCUAGGCUUUAGAAACAGAACGUGUCCACUGUGUCGAGAGAGUAUAGGAUUGUGUAGGGUUGUUUCAGAGCAUGGGCAUGAACUCUUGCUUUUCGAUUUUUGUUCCAUUGGUGAUUCUACAGAUGAAGGGUCGUAG